AUGGCGGCCCCCAGCCAUGCCUUAGUUCACCCGAGAAGCCUGGUAAGGAUGGUUAAAAAAACUAAGAUGGAUAAGCAAGUCGAGAGAGAAGAAAAACAGAGGGUUGAAGUAGAAAAGAAAAGGUUAAAAAAGGAAGCAAAUCAUAAAGCCAGUAAACCAAAAAAGAAGACACGGAAAGAGGACAAAUCCACUUCUGGAAGAGAGGAUAUAAAAUCAGUAAUAUGUAUUUCCCUCAACAAGGUUGACACAGAAAAGAGCAGGACAUUGGUAGAAAAGAAAAUAGAGAAUGCCGACCUAGAACAUGAGGAGAAGACUGAGCCGACGCUGACCAAAGACGAAAUAUUGCUGCUCAAGGGCAAAGAUAAAGACCUGAGAGCCAGUCUGGAGCCUGAGGAGCAGCAGGAUGCCCAAAGUUCUGUGAAAGGGCAGCGACAGCGUUUGCUUUUUCGCAAUGUCAAGAUGAAAUCUCUCCAAGACAAAGCAAAUAAGAUGUUAGCAAAUCCUGAUAUGGAAACAUCAGCGAGUGAGACCAUUGAUGAGGGGUCCAGUAAACCCAAGGAUGUUUUAAAAGCAGGAAUAAAUAUUGUGGCAUCUCCUCAUCGUGUGUCUGGUUGGAUUCAGAAGAAGCUCAACUUUAAAAAGAAGCUUUCUGUUUGGACUAAAGCCAUUGGGGUCUCUCACUGGCUGUCUUUUCAGGCCAUAAAACAAAAACAAAGCACCAGAAAAUCUAAAGGAAAUGUUCUGAAUUACAGGAUGGCCAUGAGAGUUGCCAGUAACACCAGGCUGGUCAGAAAGAAAAACAAGAGCUCUCCUGAGGUUGAAAUUGUUAAAGAGAAAACUGACCUGCAGAGAAAGGAAGUGGAGGGAGGCGAAGAAGUAUUCCCAGCUGAGGUAGAAGCCAAAUAUGCUGUAGUACUCCCCAGGAUGAACAUUGUGGGCAGGAAAAAGACACUCAUAGCACCCCUUCGAACUGCUGGACCUCCCACUUCAUCAUGUACCCCUGAGUCACCUGGAGAGCCCGUUACCUUAGAGUUCAAACCCAACAAAAUUGGUGCCAGGCUUGUAUUCCCUGUAAAACCAGAUCCCACCUUGCUUAGGUCCACUCAUAAAACCUUUCCAGCACUUACAUUAGACGGGAAUGUUGCUGGGAAGGUCCCUGGGUCCAGUGGUUCGAUGAAAAGAACAUCCAACACUGAGCAUAAAGGCAGGACAGCUGCUCUAGACAUUGAGGAUGGAGUCACUGAGCAACAGGCUGCCAGGGGGAGACUGGACCAAUUCCAGAUCAACUUAACCAAGAUGUCAUUGUCAGGGGGAAUGAUAGGUGAUGGAUUGACAUGGGCCCAAGGGCCAGAGCCAGAGAGAGAGGAUACAGCUGCGAUACCUAGUUCAACCACUCAGCUGUUAUCAAUUGGGGAGGCAAAUGCAGUGAUGUUCGGUGGCGGCUCCUUGUAUGAAGAAGAGACAAACAAGGAAGUAGCCAAGCUGAUGGAUGUGGGUGGUAUACAUACUAUCACCCAACCAGAGGUGCACUGGGCUGGGAACCUGCAGAUGAGUGGGGACCCUCAGGUUUGUAUUAUAUUUUAUGUAUUAUAUAUAUUUUUUCUGUUUAAAUAAAUGCUGAAGGGGGGGCGUAUAGCUCACCUGGUAGACCUGCCACCCCAAUGAGGCUACGUGCCUUGGAAUUUAGAGUACCCGUCACAGGAGAGUCGAGUUGUCAUCACACAGGCGGUAAUGCCAGGAAGCAGAAUACCUGUAGAGGUGGAUGAGGUGGAAGAUCUAUCUCAUUUGAAAGAGGUUUGUGAGAGCUCUGUGAUUUUGAAUUUGAAGAAGAGGUUCCACUGCGACUGUAUUUAUACAUACAUUGGAAACAUGCUACUUUCCAUUAACCCCUAUAAGCUUCUUAACAUCUACACAGCUGAGCUGAGACAGCAAUAUCAGGGGAAACAGCAGCAGAAAAACCCACCCCAUGUGUAUGCCAUAGCUGAGGACACCUUCACACAGUCUCAGGCCUCAACACAGGAGCAGUGCAUCAUUAUAAGUGGCCAGAGUGGUUCAGGGAAAACAGAGGCAACCAAGCUGAUAGUACAUUACCUAAGCACCAUGUACCAGGGCAGAAACAACAAUCUACGACAGCCCAUGAAGGUCUUUCCAAUUCUUGAGAGUUUUGGCAAUGCCAAGACCAUCCUCAACGACAACUCCAGUCGCUUUGGCAAGUACCUCCACAUCCACAUUCUCAAUGGUGUUGUUGUCGGGACCUCAUUGUCCAGAUAUCUCCUGGAGAAAUCUAGGGUUAUAUUUCAGGCCAAUGAGGAGAGGAACUACCAUGUAUUUUAUGAGAUCCUAGCAGGGAUGAACGACUGGGACAAGCAGGAGCUCUACCUACAGGGACCUGAGACCUAUUACUACCUAAAUCAAGGUGUUGCCUGUAAGUUGAAUGGGAAGCAGGACAAACAGGACUUCCAGCUUUUGGUUCAUUGCUUUGAGACCAUUGGACUCCAUGCUAACCAGGUCUCCACAAUUUGGGCAAUUCUGUCCUCAAUUCUGCAGCUAGGCAACAUCUGCUUCAGCUCAUAUGAGCAUGAGUCCUUUGAGGUGUCCCACAUCUUCAGCGAUGCUGAGACCAGAAGAGUUGGCUCCUUGUUGCAGAUUUCCUCAGAAGCCCUGCAGACCAUCAUCACUCACAGAGUCACAGAGACAACCUAUGAAAAGAUCUACUGCCCCCUGUCUGUGGAACGUGCCAUAGAAUCCCGAGAUGCCAUUGCCAAAGCCUUGUAUUUGGUUUUGUUUGACUGGUUGUUGGAGCAGAUCAAUGACUGGCUGAGUCCCUCAAAGAUGGACAGCACAGUGGGGGUUCUGGACAUUUAUGGGUUUGAGGACUUGGAAGUCAACAGCUUCGAGCAGCUGUGUAUCAACUUUGCCAAUGAGCAGCUGCAGCACUUUGUCAACAAGGCAUUGAUCUCUCAGGAGCAGGAAGAAUACAGUGCAGAACAGAUCCAGUGGAACUUCAUGCAUCUCAAGCACUUCAACUCCUGUCUGGAGCUGAUUUCCUCUAGGCCACAAGGCAUCCUGCAUAUAUUGGACGAGCAGACUUGCCUCCCCCAGGCCACUGACCACACCUUCCUCCAAAAAUGCCACUACCACCAUGGGAACAGCCCCCACUAUGCCAAGCCCAAAAGCCCACUUCCAGUUUUUACUAUUUAUCACUAUGCUGGAGCUGUCACUUAUCAGGUUCAGAAUUUCCUGAAUAAGAACCAUGACCAGUUCAAGACAGAAGUGGUGGAACUUUUUGCCAGGAGUCAGUUAAAGAUGGUGUCAGAGAUGUUCCAGAAGGUUCACGAUGAUUACAUUCAGCAGAGAGAGCUUGGCUGGAGAAGGAAAGGCCUUCGCCAGCAGCACUUUACUGCUGCCUCACACUUCCUCCAGUCCUUGAAUGAACUCAUCAACCGCCUGGAGAGAUGCAAAACUACGUUUAUUCGUUGUCUGAAGCCAAACUAUGUUAAGCUUCCAGGUAUCUUUGAUGUGGACUAUAUGUCAGCCCAGCUGAGGCAUGGAGGGAUGUUGGAGACUAUCCACAUUCGGAAAGAGGGUUUUCCCAUCCGGCUUCAAUACUCCAACUUCAUAGAAAGGUAUGGGCUUCUGUUGACCCAGCAAUUGAGUGAGGUGUCAGACAAAGAACAGACAAUGGCUUUGCUGUACAUGGUUGGUGCAGAGGAAGAACACUACAGACUGGGUCUCACCAAGCUGUUCCUCAAGGAGCUUCUGUACAAGCAGCUGGAGGAGAAGUGGAACAGCACUCAGACCUGGGCUGCCAUCACCAUCCAGAGGAACAUCAGGGGCUUCCUCUGCAGAAGGAACUUCAAGUUCUUCAGACAGAAAGCCAUUGUCAUUCAGAGCCACAUUCGAGGACACCAGGCCAGGAAGUACUACAAGCGUCUGAAGCAGUCCAUCACCCAGUUCUGGGCAGUUAUACUGGUAACAAGAGACACCAUUAAGAGACGUCAUUGGAGGAAGGAAUUUCACAAGGAGAACAAAAAAACUGUAACAAAGACAGAGUCUGUCUUUGCAGGAAUGGAUGUGGGCAAGUUGGAGAUCCCUGCUGAGCUGUCAGCCAGACUCUUCAGUGCUGCAGGGUUGCAGCAUUUGCUGCGGGUAAUAGAGGUUGCACCUCCACAGGUGAAGGCAGAACACAAGCUCACAUUGCCUCUGGAUAUAGACAGAUAUCCAUUCUCUCGCUACGCCAAGUCCAUAUUAAAGGAUACAUGGUGCCAGCCUCAGGGAUACUCCCUUCAAAGGCCACUCACCUCUUUGGAGCCAGAAGAUGCAAAAACUGCCCUUGAAAUUUACAAACUGAUCUUACGUUUUACAGGGGAGUCAGACCUCAGCAGCUGGCAGGAGCAGAUGCUGGGUAACUACAUCGUUGAGAAGGGGCAGAGCCGACCAGCUUUGAGGGAUGAGAUCCUUGCUCAGCUAGCUCACCACACAUUGGGCCUGCAAGAGGAGCAAGACAUUAUGAGGGGCUGGCUACUGCUGGCUUGCUGCCUCAGUGCCUUUGUCCCAUCACCCACACUGGACAAACCCCUUCUCAAGUAUGUGUCAGACCAUGGUCCAAGGGAGUACCGUUCGCUGUGCCAGCACAAAAUGCUGACAAGUCGACAGCUACCAGCUCUCACUUCGCGGAUCUACCCACCUACCCAGCUAGAGUGGAUGGCCAGCCAGAGGAAGGGCACAAUGCAGGUGGAAGUCCUAACCUUCAAUGAUGAGAAGCUGACAACUGAAGUUGAGUCAUGGACCACUGGCGAGCAGCUAGCAGCGUGGCUUCUUCAUUUCAGAGGUGUGUCUGAGGCAGUACAAGGCUGGUCAGUGUCUCUGCUGAGUGAUGAAGGCUGGUCAGAUCUAGCUGGCUCUGAUUUUGUCAUGGAUCUGCUGGCUGGAGCAGAGGCUGACGUGCUGCAACCAAUAGAAUCAGCCUCCUCUACAAACUCUGACUACCUGUUCAGCAGUCACGGAGACAGAAUGCCGGCUAAAGAUAUAGAUGACCUCAUCCCUCCGGCACCACCAGUGCAAGCUCCUGGGCUUCCCCCUUAUGAGAGAAGCCCCUGGGAAUCAGAUUAUCCACGUGAAAGGCACGGUCAACAGAUAGAUGCCUACGUUGAUGACUUGUUCGAUCCUGUCCUCGACCAAGGACCUCCAGAUACGGAAAGAGUAGCAAUGUUAAACCACAGGAUGAGAGGAGGAGGAGGCAUCGGACCAAUGUAUCCAGGUAUGUAUGGAUCUGGUGUUCCUAUGUCGAUGCCAGGCUAUUCUAUGGGAAUGCCAGUUAACCCCUCAAUGCACAGUUAUUAUCCAUCUCCUAUGAUGCCUACCAUGACAGCCAUGCCAAACAUGCCAGCAAUGAUGAUGCCUCAGGCUCCCAUGCCUGCUCCUCCUGUCAUUGACCAAAUUCAGACAGCAGCAGCACAGCAGGCACUCAUCAACCAGCAGGCACAUCUCAUGGCCCAACAAAUGACCUUGCAAGCAAUGAGUCUGUCCCAACAGCAGAUACAAGAACAGCAGAAGGAACAGAGGCAGAGACAGAAAGAGCAGGACAGAAAGCAAGAGGAGGAGCAAGAGGAGGCGAGGAAGUGGAGCAGGCGGUCUGAUCAACGGAUCAGUGAAGCUCACUCAGCCCCACCUGUCCAGUCCAAAACACAGACAACUAAAAGCACCUCUACCUUUAGGCAACUUGAGCCAGAACCACAGAUAAAAGUGGAGUCAACGGUUCCAGAUAACCUGCCGUCCUUUACACACAAGAGACAAUACUUCCAAAAGAUUGGCACUCAGUCCCAAGAGGAAUUAAAAACCCCAAAGCCUCAUCUGGUCGUCUCCAGCCCAGUUACACAGCAGCCACCUCCCUUGCCAUUAGAUCGUCCAUCACCCCCACCUACAGCACCUAAGCCUGAUGAUCCUCCGAUCGAAAUGCCUACAGAGUCUCGGCUCACACCCACAUCCAACAUCAGAGAAAUCAUCAAACUUUACAACAGCCGAGCCCUACCAGAGCCCAAACCCUUUGAGCCUGUCAGACCCUGUGCACGGCAUUUUCUAAAGAAGGGUGACCCCAAAGAGGAAGCUUUGGCCAAACUCAAAAACAGCUCACCAAUGCCAGAACAGCCUCUUCCAAGAACCCCACCUUCGCCUCCUUCCGGGGUGGGUUCCCACAUCAUCUCCAGCAACAUGAAGCAGAAGCAGCGCUCCCUGGAAAGCCUGUUUGGUUCACAGCGUUCGCAGCGGACUCCACCUAUCCCAACUGACUUGCCACCAGCUCCUCCACAUCCAACAUCCACCUUGCAGGACAUCCCUGACCCACCAUCCAUGGCUGCCCCAUCUCUCAACAUGAUGCCUGAAGAGGAUAGCAUUCAGUCUGAGUUUCAGCGAUUUUCAGCAGGGGUCUACUUCUCUUACUCCAACAUGCUGGGAAAACUGUUCAUGCGAAAAGAAGUGUUUUACCCUAGAGAGAUGUUCAACCAUCCGUACAUUCUCAACCUGUUAUGUGAACAGAUCAUGAGGGACACAUACUCUGACAGUUGUGUGAGGAUCAGCAGAGAGGAAAAGAGGAAGAUGAAGGACUUGCUCUCAAAUUUCAGUGUGGGAAUGACCAUAAGCACCAUCCAGGAUGACAACAUGAAAAAAAGGAUCGUCAUUGCUGCUCGAGACAACUGGGAAAACUACUUUAGUCGACUAUUCCCUGUGAUGUCAGACAAUGGGGAUGCUGAGCUUUUGGGUGUGUCUCAUCGUCGGAUUCAUCUCUUGAAGGUAGCCAGAGCAUCAGGCAUCAACCCAAAACAUCUCUGUCUGCUUAGAAGCUACAGUUUUGCAGAAGUUAUCUCAGUUGACCAACAAGGUGCAAGCAGAGUGAAACUGGAGCUGAAGAAUGAAAACUUGGUGCUGCAGUCCAACAGAGCCCCUCAGAUCACUGCCAUGAUCCAAUUAUUCCUUCAGGAGCUCAUCAAGGACUCAGGUCAUGUCAUUGCCCUGAAGAGUUUUGUGACAGAUGACAAGAGUCUGCUCAGCUUCUGCAAGGGUGACAUCAUCAAAGUUCUACCAAUGGAAGGAAUCCAGACAGGCUGGUGUUUUGGGACCUUGGGAGGGCGGUCUGGUCUUUUUCCAGAAGAUGUUACUCAGCCAUCUGCAGUCCCGGACUACCACUCUCUCCAACCUGACCAAACAGAUCCAAAGAGAAAAAGUAUAAGAAGCACAAAAAUUGUCAGUCCAGCCAAGGAUGCUGAUUCAGAAUGGCCUAGAAGAGAGGCUUUGCUCCAGGGAUCAGUCCAGAGCUCAAUUCAGGGCUCAGUCAAUGAUUUGGAGAUCCUCUCAGUUAUGGCUAAGUUUGCCAUUAAAUACUUCAGAGUGGGGAAUAUGGGUCUGCCAGCCAGUGGAAGGAACUUUUCAGAGGUGGUUCAGCACACAAAGAUCCCCACUCAAGAGUCCCUCAUUCUCUACAAUGGUCCUGAAAUCAAUAAAUUAUCUGUCCAGUGCUUCAUGAACUUGAUGCAGUUCAUGGGUGACAUGCCAUUGAAAAAGGAUAAAACCCAGUCAGACUGCCUUAGCCAUAUAUUAUUGCUAGGAAAAGAAAAGGAGCUGCUGCAAGAUGAACUUUACUGCCAGGUCAUCAAGCAAACCACCAACAACCCAACCAAAUCCAGUUGUACCCUUGGUUGGCGGCUACUCAGCCUGAUGACGGGGUUCUUCCCUUGCUCUGGUACUCUGCAGCCAUACAUCACACAUCACCUACACAACAUCUCUCAGGACUAUGAACAUCCAUACCAAGAGCUGGCAUAUGUGUGUAUGGAUAACCUUCAACGAUCUCUCGAUUUCGGUGGUCGCCGAAAUAUCCCCUCACAGAUGGAGACAGAAGCCAUACUGGCUGGCAAAACUUUUCGACGCAUUCCCAUCCAGCUACCAGGAGGCGGUGAUUUCCCUAUGAAGAUACACAGCUUCAGUAUGGCAGCAGAUUUGGUAAAAGAGUUCUGUAAGGAAAUGGGCAUCUCAAAUCUCACAGAAAUCAAAGACUUCGCCAUCUUCUGCAACAAACUUAAAGAUGGAGUUGUGCGUCCCCUCCAUGCUAAGGAGUAUCUCUUUGACUUUCCGCUGGAUGACAACUCCAUCUUCUUGUCUCUGAGGAGAGUGAUGUGGAGAACCCCUCUGUCCUUCAAGAGUGACCUCUAUAUGAAUUUCCACUAUCAGCAGCUCCUGGGCGACUAUCUGAAUGGGCGACUGAUCCUUCCUCCUGCUUCAGGGGGUUCCUCAUCAAUCCAGCACAUGGCAGAGCUCUCAGCUUUGCAGCAUCUGGCUCAAGGUCAAGGAAAUCAGCCCUCACUGCUAGAGAUGAAGCAGUACCUGCCCUCACAGGAUGGAUUCAGCAGUAAAGCUGAGGCGAUUCAUUCCUUCUGUCUGGGUCAAAUAGCUGCAAUGCAGUCUCUCAGACCUCAAGAUGCCAAAACAGGCUUCAUUGAGUUUAUGAGCAGUCUGCCUUUGUUUGGUUCCAACACUUUCUUGGCCCAGAAGGUGAGCCAGAGUGGCUGUCCCUCGCCCUGUGUGGUCAGCAUAAGCCAGGAGGGCGUGCUUUUUCUUGACCCUAAAACACAGGCGCAGGUGUUUAUGGUGUCUUUGGCUGAUGUACAGUCCAUGCACACCAUCCGCCCAAAGAGACAUGGCAAAGUGCCAGCAGUCAACAUCCAUUAUGGCAAUUCAGCUUAUCCCAAAAAAGUCACCAUUCAUCUCAAACAGGCCAAGGAGUUGUGCCACAUCCUUGUUGUGAUUAUUGAAGAGUUGAUCCAGCUUUAAGUUACCAGUUCCAUUUCAAAUCACCUGUAAACACUCUUAAUCACACACACAAAAACACACACUUUUGUACAUGUGUCUUAGAGCGGACACUCAUUGACCUAAUACAUUCCCUAACCCCUUACCCCUACCUUCACCAUCAAGACUAAUGCCUCACCCUAAUUAUAAUCUGAUACAUGCUGCACUACACAUGCUGCACACAUCGGGAGAAUACGUCCCCUUCUCACUCAGAAGGAUGCACAGGUUCUGGUCCAGGCUCUGGUCAUCUCACAGCUAGACUAUUGUAACUCCCUCUUGGCAGGUCUAGUGCCAUCUGACCUCUGCAGCUCGAAUGGUUUUUAACCUAAAGUCACUCACACUACUCCACUCCUUCACUGGUUACCAGUGACUGCCCGCAUCCGUUUCAAAACAUUAGUACUUGCGUACCAUGCUGCAAAGGAUGGGGUCCAGCCUACAUCUAUGGUCAUGACAUGGUCAAACAUUACAACCCUGCCCUUUCACUCCGCUCUGCAUCUGCCAAUCGGCUUGUUGCACCCUCACUGCCAGCUUAACACUCAACAA